AUGUCAGAGAUUGAAGUCAAUGUUCAAAGCCUCCUUCCUCCCAACGAACCUCAGGGACGUUUCUGUGUGAGCCUGUCACCAGAGACUACAAUAGAAAACCUCCUGAGGCGGCUGUGCCGAGAUAACAGAGCCUCUUUGAAGUCAGAAUAUGUUUUGCAGAGUACAGCCCACAGUGCACUCGACAGAAAAGCUACUCUUUCUGAGGCCGGACUAGAAGCUGGUGCACUUCUUUACUGGACAACAGAAAGCGUGCAGACGCGGAGUGGUGGUUACUUCAGGGCUAUCCUGCUGAUUGCUGUAUUCAGCCUUGUCAUUGGCACUGUAGGCGUCCUCACAGUUUGCAUUGUAUGGUUCAAGGACGGCCCCUGCAGACAGGAUUUUGCUGUUGUGUUUGAUGCUGGAUCCACCCAUACUUCAAUGUUUAUCUACACCUGGGACCCUACCAAGUUUCACGGCACUGCAGUUGCUGUUCAGUUUGGGGACAAGUGUAUGGCUGACGGUCAUGGAUUAGCUGCCUUUGAGAAUGAUCCAAAGAGUGCAGGAGACUCUCUUCAGCAUUGCCUAGAUACAGCACAAGCUGCGAUACCCGACUGCCAACAUUCGCGUACACCAGUCUACCUGGGAGCAACUGCAGGCAUGAGGCUACUGAG